CUUACGUUUCUCAAUAUCCAGAUUCAAUGAUCGCUUGGAUUUCCACGGAUUUUUCACGGAGAAUUUACACUUUACAUUUUUCACGAAACUACCAUUUACAUCUGCGAGAAUCGAAAGAAUAAUUUACGAUACACGUUCGAUAUCUCGCAUGUGAACGAUAAAUAGUAGGCAUCGUAAAUGCAUGGUUAUGCAUGUGUGUAUGUAUUCAAAGAAACAGUGAAAAAGACAUGUCUCUUGCAUCAAAAAUUACUUUUACAUUGUGCUGUGCAACUUCAGUAGGUAUGAUAGGUUAUGUGCAUUACACACAAGAAGCUGAGAGAAAACAACUUGAAGUAGGUGUACAACGUGAUAUUGAACGUCAAGAACGCCAUAAAUUAUUAAGUACUGUAUUGACACAAGAAACGCAAUUGAAAUUAACGGAUAAAUUAUUAGAAACGUCUUAAAAGAAAAGAAUUCUUUAAACUGUAAAUAUUGUAUGUUCCAGGUGUAAAUGAAUUUGUAGCUCAAAAUUCACCUCGAACAGAACCAUCAUCUUGGGCUGCAGGUCUUACUCCAGAUGACAUAAAUCAAUUGCAUCAUUUAGGAAAUUUGUCAAUGGGUGGUUUAAUAUCCGAGGUAAAAAAGUUACACGAUAUGGCAUAUCAGUUGGGAUUGGAAGAAGCAAAAGAGAUGACUCGUGGAAAAUAUUUAAACAUUUUCAAACACAAAUAACAGAAAUUUUCUAUCUGUAAAAAAAUAAUAAUACAAUUUUUAUUAAAAUAUACAAUAACAACAAGCUACUAACCUUUUAAUGAACAGUUAACAAUUUUCUAGAAUCCAUGUUGUGUAUUUCUGUACAUUUACAAAGACUGAUGGAAAGUUGUGAUUCAUGUCACAGUUGGAACCGUAUGAUAAAAUGCCUAACUAAAAAUUAUGUAGGCAUCAACUGUAGUUUUAUAAAUAUAUAAUUUAAUAGGAUUUCAUGAAAUAGUAAAUAAAUAUUACCAAAAAAUAUGUAUUUCCUUGUUUGAAUAAAAGGGGACUUCCAUUAUAUCCUGAACAUGGCACAUCAUUUCCUAUUGUGCACAGUUCAGUAGCUAGUCCUUGGUUAUAAUAUUUCAUGCAUUCUUCAGUUGAUAUAAUUCUCAUUUUCAGAAACUGUUGUUUAUCAGAUUCUACUUUAAAUAUUAAAAACUUUGC